AUGUCAUCAUCAUCAAUAAUCUCAGUAUUAUUCUCAUCAUCUUCACUAAUGAAACGAACCACCACCACAACCAAACCUAAAACUCCAUCAUUAUCACUCCCUAUUUCGGCUCUUUUCCCAAAUACUAACAAUAUACCCGAAUUCCCCUUCAAACCCAAACCCGAACCUCCUUCCUUUCCAAAAGAGAAUCCCGUCCCUCCAAACCGUCAACCCGAAUUCAACCCUACUGUUCCACCUGAAAUAGUUACUCAACCAUCACGGUUUAAUCCGUUUCCGGAUCCGACUCCGACUCCAAACCCCAAACCGGAUGGUCCUAAACCACCGCUUUCUCCUCCGGGACAAGACAUGCCGUUCCCCAAACCGGAUGUAGUACCGCCUACGCCGCCGGAUGUUGUUCCUCCGCGGCCUCCUGGACCGGAUAUUGUUCCGCCGCCAUCGACUCCACCGCCACCGACAGGACCUACUAUUAUUCUGUAG